AUGCACCAGCUGGUCCCAUCUGGCCGUUUUUCGAGAUUGACGGAGAGCUCGCUGAGCACCAACCUGAGCAGCAAAAUCUCCGGCUCCACGAUCCUUCCGCGACCCUCCAGGCCGAUUCCAAGCUCCAAGCUCCCACCACGCGCCACGACCCUCAAGAUGGCCAAGAAGACCAAGUCCCGUGUCAUGAUCGUCCGGCUCAUGUCCAUGGCCGCGACAGGUUUCUUCUACACCUUCAAACGCCCGAGAACGGCGUCACCCAUGAGCAUGUUGAAAUACGACCCGAUCAUCCGCCGGAAGGUGCUCUUCUUGGAACAGAAGAAAAAGGGCAAAUGA